AUGUCUAUUCUUCUCACCGGCGGUAGCGGCAAGACAGCUCCUCGCGUCGCGGCAUUGCUUGCCGCUGACAAGAGGCCCUAUCUCUUAGGCUCGCGUCAGGGGCCUGGUGCUGGGUCAAAUGCUCAUCCCACAGUCAAAUUUGACAUGAGCGAUGAGUCAACUUGGUUGAAGCCAUUCGAGAGCACACCGAUCAAGGCCGUCUACAUGAUGGAGCCUCGAAUCAGCGAGCCUUGGGUGCCCAUGAACAAGUUCAUAGAUCUUGCCAAGAAGCAAGGAGUCGACCGUUUCGUUCUAUGCGCUGGCACCUCAGCCACAAUUGGCAAGGAUGGAAUGGGCAGGGUUUGGGAGCAUCUGAUCAAGUCCAAUGUUGACUACGCUGUGCUUCGCCCAUCUUGGUUCAUGGAGAACCUAAUUGAAGAGGGCCUUGCAUUUACCAUCGGAAAGCUGAACAAGAUCUUCACUGCCGCUCAAGAUGGAAAGAUUCCCUUCAUCAGCGCGGCUGACAUUUCCGAGGUGGCCUAUCACGCCCUAACGGACGAGAAGUCCUACAACUGUGACCUCAGGAUACUCGGCCCUGAGAACUUGACUUACGAUCAGAUUGCCGAGACUCUUUCUAAGGUUCUUGGGCGCAAGAUUGAGCACGUGAAGCAGGAUGAGACUGGCCGGAUUGAUGGUCUAGUCCAUGCCGGUCUAUCGGACUACUUUGCCCGAUUCCUAACUCGCCUAGAAGUCUUAGCCUCGCAAGACUUCGAGAAGGGAACAGGCGAUGUCGUCCAAAGGGUGACAGGACACCCUCCGCAAAGCUUCGAGAAGUUCGCCGAGGAGCACAAGGCUGUCUGGUCCAGCUAG